AUGUUAGAGGAGGAGCUGACUCUAGAGGAUUUCCUGAUGAAGAACGGGGCUGUGAGGGAAGAGGACGUGAGGACUGGUGGUGGUGGUGGUGGUGGUGGGGGAGCAAGGGGUUACUGCGGGGACGCGGCGGGGGAUUUGAACGGGCAUUUGAUUCAGGUGGGGGGGACGGUGGGCGUGGGCGUGGGCGACGGCGUUAGUAACAACAAUGGCGGAAUUGUGGGGAGAUUGAUGGUCGAGAGAGGGAAGAGGAGGGCCGUGGAGGAGCCGGUGAAUAAGGCCACGCAGCAGAAGCAGAGGAGGAUGAUCAAGAACCAAGAAUUGCCGACGAGGUCCCGAGAACGCAAGCAGGGAAUCCAGACCCCCGGCAUCGUCAUCGUCGGCAACCGGUCUUCCGACAAGUCGAGUGUCCUCGAGUCCUUCGCUAGCAUCAACCUGCCAUGA